ACAUUUCCCAGCAAUCGUUUCUCACUUCCUCCGCAGUAAAAAGUUCUGCAGUUCCGACGAGAAAUCACAGGGAUCGCGAGAGUUACGGUUCCCCUUUAGUGAGCGCCGCAGGUCGCCAUUUUGUUUCUUUUGACUUCUCGCAAGGGCGAAGCACCGCGCUUGGCGCGCUGUCGACAACCUGAGUCCCCUGUGGUUUCUUCUGGCUCUUUUGGCGAUGUUCCCUCUGUUUAGGAGGGCCUUGAGCCGCUUUUCGGAUGGGGAAACAGAGGCCCAGAGAGGGGAGGUCCCCAAGGACCUCACACAGCACAACUCCCAGGCCAGUGCCUCGCUGCCACUAACCUCAAGAGUUCGCAGCUUUCAGCAAACUGUUGAAAGGCAGAACCACCAGGACAGGCUGCCUAAUUUUCACGAUAAGUAUGGCACCCCAAUAUUGCUCAGUGGAGCCACUUUCUGUCUUGCCAUUUGGGCAUAUGCGGCUACACAAAUUGGAAUUGAGUGGAACCUGUCCCCUGUGGGCAGGGUGGUCCCAAAAGAUUGGAGGAGCCAGUAAAGGAGAAAUUCCUUUUCAUCGAAGCUGGCCAAAGCUGGCGUCAUUCUGGAUUGUUCCAGAAUUAACAUAACGAAGUAAAGGUAGUCUGUUAUCAACUGUAACGUGGCAUUAUUAAUGUAAUAAAAUGCAUUUGAAAUCUUUGUUGUGUAGAUUUUGUUCAUUUCCCAUAUAAAAGAGCCUGUGCUCUAAUUAGCUUAAUGGUCUUGUGAAUGUAUUUGUAUUAAUAUUAAGGAGCACUGUUGCAUUUCUACAUUAGCUUUUCCCCUAUCCAACAAAUGAAAAUUUGGAUACCACAGAGAAGCUAACUUUGCAGUACUUUUAACUUAAUGUAGUUCAGAAUUAGCUGUGAGUUCACAAAGCUAUAUCCCAUGUUACCUGAGCUCCCAAGAGUUUGAUAUCAAGGUAGCCACCCAAUUGCCAUUAUCCGUUUAGGUACACUUGCUGCUUUAUCUUCUGUUUAAUAAAUCAAGGGGCCAUGAGAUGUAAAGGGAAAGAUGUCCCCUUCUAGAAUUCCCAUAAUCAAUGAGAAAGGCCCUUCAUCCUGAUCAAACAUUUCCUGACAAAUAGUCAUCCAGUCUCUGUUUAAAGACCUCCAGCUGGGGGGAAUCCACUGUUUUCCUAAGAUAGCCCCUUCUACAUCAAAGCUAAAUUUGCUUCUUUUAUGACUUCCAUCCCUAAUUCUGCCCUCUGGGGCUAAUCAGAAUUUUUCUGAUCCCUCCUCUUUCAGAUAGCUCUUCAAAUAGUUACACUAAAACAUCCUGUGGUCUGUGUAUGAAAUGAUCCAUUCGUUAGCUUGAAUCUAGAUUUUGUGGCUGUGUUCAUGUAAAUGUCAUACAUUCUCAUUUUCAAAUGAAAACUUUUGUAACUUUCAUGCCAAUUGAAAAUUGCCUCCUAUCCCACCCCCGGAAAAGAAAACCCUUGUAACAAAUGUGUAUAGUCAAGUAGAACAAAUUCCUGCAUUUACCAUGUCCCCAAAAUGCCUUGAUAGAUACCCUCUUUCGUCAAGGAAGUAGCUAGUAUGUUUCGUUAUGAGUCCAUUGAAAUUGUGAUUGGUCAGUGCAGGCCUUUCAAAAUUGUUUAUAGUGUUAUUGUAUAAGUUAUUUUUCUGGAUCUGCUCAUUUCAUUCUGCAUUAGCUCACAUGAGUCUUCCCAUGUUUCUCUGAAAACAUCUCCAUCAUUUCUCAUGGUGCAGUAGUAUUCCAUGACAUUCAUGUAGCAUAAUUUGUUCAGCCAUUCCUCAAGUGAUGGGUAUCCCCUUACUUUCCAGUUCUCUGUCAGCACAAAAAAAAACAUACCUUGUUAUCAAUAUUAUUCAUAUGGGUCAUUUUCCUUUAUCUUCCCUCUCUUUGAGGGUAUGGUCUUAGUAGUGUUGCUGGGCCAAAGGACAUGUGCAGUUUAAUAACUUUUUUUCAACAUUGUUCCAAAUUGCUUUCCACAAUGGCUGGGCCAGUUCACAGUUCAACCAAUGAAUGGUUCGUUACUGUAUCCAUUUUUCCACAGCCCCUGUAGCAUUUGUCUUUUUCCUUUUUUGUCAACUUUUCUAAUGAUAGACAAUAAGAUAUAGUUUGCAUUUCUCCAGUGAUUUGGAGCAUUAUUCAUAUGUGUGUUGAUAGCUUGGAUUUUUUUGAAAACUGCAUUUUCAUAUCCUUUGACCAUUUAUCAAUUGGGGAAUGGCUCCUGUUCUUAUUAAUCUGAAUUAAUCCCCUAUGUGUCUUAUCAGAGAAACUUGCUGCAAAAAUUUGCCAGUUAUUUGCUUCUCUUCUAAUUUUGUCUGCAUUGGUUGUGCCAAAACUUGAAUUUUAUGUAAUCAAAAUUGUCCAUUUUAUCUUAAAUUGGCUUUUGCUAGAUAAUGCAACACUGGGGUGGGGGGGAGAAAUACAUGUUAUGUGCUUUGCCAAGUGUUUAAAAAUGUGCUUGUUGUGCAAAAUAAAAUUUCAUUGAAACCAAA